ACCCUUUGCACCGCUCAAAGGCGUAUUCCGGCUCCCGGAGUAGCCUAUUCAGGUCUGUUAGAGACACUAACGAGAUAAUUGAUGUGCUUUUUCCUCUCCGCUUGUCUGAAUGUGUUGCAGGGCUCCCAGUACGAGCUGAAAGAUAAUCCGGGUGUCCACCCUGCUACCUUUGCUGCCCACACUGCCCCCGGCUAUUAUCCCUACGGACAGUUCCAGUACGGGGAUCCGGGGCGACCCAAAAACGCCACCCGGGAGAGCACCAGCACCCUCAAGGCCUGGCUCAACGAGCACCGCAAGAACCCCUACCCCACCAAGGGCGAGAAGAUCAUGUUGGCCAUCAUCACCAAGAUGACUCUCACCCAGGUCUCCACCUGGUUCGCCAACGCCCGCCGGCGGCUCAAGAAGGAGAACAAAGUGACCUGGGGCUCCAGAAGUAAGGACCAAGAAGAUGCAAACCUCUUCGGGAGUGACAAUGAGGGGGACCCGGAGAAGAAUGAAGAUGAUGAGGAAAUCGACCUGGAGAGCAUAGACAUAGAUAAAAUCGACGAGAACGAUGGGGAGCAGAGCAACGAGGAAGAGGAGGAGAAGCCCGAACUCCUGAGACAAAGUAGUGAAGAGGAGCACUUGGAAAAGGAGAAGGAUUUGGCACUGUCAGGGUCUGAAGGGCUGAAACCCAAAGACGCGCUGGCCAUGGUGAAGGAGGCCUCUGACAACAGCACGCGAAUCAUCAGUCCCGGGGGACAGAACAAUUUACAGAUGCCGUCUCACAGCAAACCCAAGAUUUGGUCUUUGGCAGAGACGGCAACCAGUCCCGAUGGUGCCCUGAAAUCUUCUCCCCCUCCGCCCCCUCCUCCCCAGGUUAACCACACUUCUCCCCAGAUCCAGCACCCCGCUUUUCUCCCUAGCCAUGGACUCUACACAUGCCAGAUUGGCAAAUUUCACAACUGGACAAAUGGGGCUUUCCUCACCCAGAGUUCCCUGCUAAACGUGAGGUCCUUUUUGGGAGUAAAUCACCACCACGCCGCUCAUCACAAUCAUCACCUCCAGGCCCAGCAACAACCUUCUGUUCUAACAGCAACCCUGGGAGCCCUAAGCAGUGAAAAACCUUCAGAGAGGACAAGUCCCAAACACAUAGAAAGAGAAAAUGUACCAAGAACCGAAUCCCCACCUCAGCCGCUAAAAUCGCCCUUCCAGCCUGUCCGUGACAACUCUUUGGCUCAGCAAGAGGGAACACCGAGAAUUUUAACAGCUCUCCCUUCUGCUUGAUUAAAUGGUUUGGUGAAAAAAUAUUACAGAGACUGGUAUUAAGGACUGAAAAAAAAAAAAUAAUGGAAACGAUAUAAACGACUCCCAUCAAUCUCUUUUUGCAAUAAGGUGGUGCAAAUCCAUAAAAGCGAUUACAGAAAUCUGUAGAUGGAUCCCCUUCUUCAUUGUAUCAUUUCAGAUCGUGUUAUUCUAACCAUUCUUGGAUUAUUUGUUUGGUAAAUGUUUCCCAUGUGUUUGUGUUUUUUCUGUAUAUAGAGUGAUUUCAGAUUGUAAAUAGCGCGUCAGCAAAACUUGUCUAAAUCAUAUAUUUUUGUCUAAUAAACUAAAUGAAAAUA